CCGAGUGUGACCGGUUUCCGGCCGGUGUUAGUACACCGGCUUCCAGGAGACGUGUAACGGACGGUGGGCGGCAGCCAUGGCCGAGAGGAAACCUAACGGAGGCGGCGGUCCCGCCAGCACCUCCUCAUCGGGCACUAACUUACUUUUUUCCUCCUCGGCCACGGAAUUCAGCUUCAACGUGCCCUUCAUCCCAGUCACCCAAGCCGCCGCUGCCUCGGCCUCCUUGCUCCUGCCCGGAGAGGAUUCCACGGAUGUCGGUGAGGAGGACAGCUUCCUCGGGCAGACUUCUGCUCACACGUCUACCCCACAGACAUUUAGUUACUUCUCUCAGGUAUCAAGCAGUAGUGAUCCUUUUGGGAAUAUUGGACAGUCCCCGUUAACGACUGUGGCAACGUCAGCUGGGCACUCCGCAUUCUCCAAGUCCCCCGCUGCUCUCCCUUUUACAACUGGACCCCAAGAUGGGUUGAAUGCGUGUUCACCGCCCAUUUCGCAGGCUCAGUAUGGUGCCCCACCUUCACAGAUGGGAAUGAAUGCUUACCUGCCUUCUCAGCCGGGUAGUCUCCCUCCUUCCAGUUUUGGGAGCCCACCGCAAGGAGCACCCCAACAAGGACACAAUCCGUAUCGUCAUACCCCUGUGAGCAGCAGGGCCAAUCCUUACAUCACACCACCGCAGCUGCAGCAGUGCCAGACCCCGGCCCAUCCCGCCCAUCCUCCAGCCCCGGGGCCCCCCAUGCAGAUGUACCAGAUGCCGGGAGGAUCUCUGCCACCGAUUCCUCCUUCAAUGCCAUCAGGGUUGACCCCUCCAACGCAACAGCAGGCCCUGGCUAGACCAGCAGGUCCCUCUGUGCAAGCGCCAUCUCCUUUUCUACUUCAAAACCAGUAUGAACCUGUUCAGCCCCACUGGUUUUACUGCAAGGAGGUAGAAUACAAACAACUGUGGAUGCCUUUCAGUAUGUUUGACUCUUCGAAUCUUGAAGAAAUCUAUAACUCAGUCCAGCCAGACCCCGAGAGCGUGGUUCUAGGCACAGAUGGAGGGCGCUAUGACGUGUAUCUCUAUGACCGAGUGAGGAAGGCUGUGUACUGGGAGGAGGAACCCGCUGAAGUGAGACGCUGUACUUGGUUCUACAAAGGGGACACGGACAGCAGAUUUAUUCCCUAUACAGAGGAGUUCAGUGAAAAACUAGAGGCUGAAUAUAAAAAAGCAGUAACCACAAAUCAGUGGCAUCGUAGAUUAGAGUUCCCAAGUGGAGAGACAAUCGUUAUGCACAAUCCAAAGGUUAUUGUUCAGUUCCAGCCUUCGUCAGUGCCAGAUGAAUGGGGAACCACACAAGACGGACAGACGAGGCCCAGGGUUGUGAAGCGUGGAAUUGAUGAUAACCUUGAUGAGAUUCCGGACGGGGAAAUGCCUCGGGUUGAUCAUUUGGUGUUCAUGGUGCAUGGCAUUGGACCUGUGUGUGACUUGCGCUUUAGAAGCAUUAUUGAAUGUGUGGAUGAUUUUAGGGUGGUUUCUCUGAAAUUGCUGCAGACACAUUUCAAGAAAUCUUUAGACGAUCGGACAGUAAGCAGAGUGGAAUUCCUUCCUGUUCAUUGGCAUGGUUCCUUGGGCGGGGACGCCGCUGGUGUUGACAGGAACAUUAAGAAAAUUACUUUACCAAGUAUUGGUCGGUUUCGUCAUUUUACCAAUGAAACCUUGCUAGAUAUUUUAUUUUACAAUAGCCCCACCUACUGUCAGACAAUCGUGGAAAAAGUGGGAAUGGAGAUAAACCGUCUACAUGCACUUUUUAUGAGUCGGAAUCCAGACUUCAAAGGAGGUGUCUCUGUUGCUGGUCACAGUUUAGGUUCUUUAAUACUCUUUGAUAUCCUGUCUAAUCAAAAAGAUUUGAAUUUGUCAAAGUCUCCUGGGCCUUUUGCUAUAGCUAAUGGCGUCGUGAAGCCGCCACAUUUUCAGGAAAAGCAGAUGCCUGAAGAGCCAAAGUUGACUUUGGAUGAGUCUUGUGACCUUGACCUUGAAAAUGAAGAAGUCCUAAGUUUGCAAGAAACUCUGGAAGCACUUAGCCUCUCUGAAUAUGUUAGCACUUUUGAAAAGGAAAAGAUUGAUAUGGAAUCUCUGCUUAUGUGUACAGUCGAUGACCUGAAGGAAAUGGGCAUACCCCUUGGACCCAGAAAGAAGAUCGUUAACUUUGUAAAACAGAAGGCAGCUAAACUGGAACAGAAAAAAGCAGCAGCAGAGAAGAAGGCAGUGAUGGCUGCUUCGACAAAGGGACAAGAGGAAAAUGCUCAGAGAGCUAAAGAAAUGACUUCCCUCCCCUCAGACUCUAACGAGUCCAAGCGGAAACUUCCAGUUGGUGCUUAUGUGUCUUCUGUGCAUGUUGACUAUGAGUCUUUCGAAGUUGGCACUGGACAGGUUUCUGUUGUUUACAACGCAUUAGACUUUGAGCCAGAGAUUUUCUUUGCCUUGGGAUCUCCAGUUGGUAUGUUUCUCACUAUUCGAGGAGUGGAUAGAAUAGAUGAGAACUACAGGCUUCCUACAUGUAAAGGAUUCUUCAAUAUUUAUCAUCCACUUGAUCCAGUGGCUUAUAGAUUAGAGCCCAUGAUUGUUCCAGAUUUGGACCUGAAAGCGGUUCUCAUCCCACAUCACAAAGGCAGAAAAAGACUUCAUUUAGAGCUGAAAGACAGUCUCUCUCGUAUGGGAUCUGAUUUGAAGCAGGGCUUCAUUAGCUCCCUGAAAAGUGCUUGGCAGACGUUAAACGAGUUUGCCCGCGCUCACACCUCUUCAACUCAGCUGCAAGAAGAACUGGAGAAAGUGGCCAAUCAGAUCAAAGAAGAAGAAGAGAAACAAGUAGUUGAAGCAGAAAAGAUUGUUGAAAGUCCAGAUUUUUCCAAGGAUGAGGACUACUUAGGAAAGGUUGGAAUGCUAAACGGAGGUCGCCGAAUUGACUACGUUCUUCAAGAAAAGCCAAUAGAGAGUUUUAAUGAAUAUCUUUUCGCUCUUCAGAGUCAUUUAUGCUAUUGGGAAUCUGAAGAUACUGCUCUGUUGUUACUUAAAGAAAUUUAUCGAACAAUGAACAUCAGUCCAGAACAGCCCCAGCAUUGAUUGGACUUCAGUUGCACUGUACUUUCUUGUCUUUCCAGAAAGUUGGAGUAGAAAUUACGUGGCUGAGAAAACUCUCAGAGGACAUUCCCAGUUUGCGCCUGUGAUGGAUGACGAAAAAGUGGUUCAUUAACAUUUGCUCAGAAAGAAUUCUCACAAGUAGGAAGCCAUUUAAAAGAUAACAUGCAGAACAAAAAGACAAUGAAGAAAAUCAGUACCACGUUUGGACAGUAUGGAUAAGAAAAUGUAAUUUUAAAAAUGAUGCAAUUAAAAAUUCCUCAGAUCAGGUUAGUUGUGCAGCUGUCAAAGUAAUGCUUGAUAUCGAUGAAGAACUAUUUGUGGCAUGCAGACGGUUAUUUCUGUUUCUUAAAAACUUACUGUCAGUGGGUUAUUAAACUUGCAUUUUUUUAAA